UAGGCACUUCCGGGGCGGAGCCAGUUUGGGGCAAAUUUAGUUUUCUUCCUCGCUUUCUCUCUCGGAAGCGUGCUCCUGGGGAAAGGCGGCAUUCAGCAUGGAUUUUGCACGCAUUUGGGCUCUGCAGAUGCUCACAGGUGUCCCUUCUAGUUUAUUGCCCUUUGACCCCACUGUUUACAUCCCGCUCGUGUGUGGAUUUGUUUUGAUCAUUUUCUCAGGCACACACAACUGAGCAAAACAUUUCAUGCGUCCGGCGGGGGUGCGGGCAGGCUCUACUCCACCAAAGCUUAUGCUACAAUACGAUCCCAUAAGACUCUUUGUUGCAAGACGGCUACUUGUACGGAAUUUGUUAUUUUUUAAAACCCAGCUUCAGAUGAGGCAUUGGCCAAAAAAGGGGGCGCUGUAGGUUGGGGGGCGCCCAGGCGCUUCCGAUGCCCUCCACCCCCCAGGCAGCCGUCUGCUGCCUCCACCACUGCUGCUGCAGUGAGCGCCUGCUCACUUGCCCGGCUGCCUCUGAUCAGGCUCAGCUGAGCUGUAGUGAGCCCCUUCGUCAACCCACCCGCUAGAGGUGCUUCCAGCUGAAGCGAUCAGAGAGGCUAAUAAAGAUUUCUUCCUACAGGAGCGCUUUGCAAGUAAUGGAGAUCUUUAAGAUAGUGUUGCGAGAGUUUUGCAGAGAGGCAGGCGGUAAUCCCUGCAAAGGUGCCGUGGAGAACGAGACCAUGAGGCUUGCAGGAGAUCUCUCCAGCCCCGACGCUCUCCAGUGUCUCCAAGAAAAACGAGGAAAAUCUUUGUCCAGAGUACACAAGAAAAACGUUCCAAGUGAAGCUGGAGACCAGGCAGAUCAUCUGAAGCAGAGCCUAGGACAAAAUUAAAGGCCAAGUUUGUUUGUUUUUUAUAUCUCGAGGAAUAGGGAGAGCAGAACAGAGAUACACACAGAUAGCCCAGACCUUAUCCAGGGAGCCUUUGCUUCCAAAGCCUAAAGCUGCAGGCUGGUGAUGCUUUUUGGACCUUUAUUUACCCCCCUUCCCCUUCUUAAAAUUUCCAGUCUGCUGCUUUUGGCCAAGCAAGUUGUAGCUGGGAGGAUUCACAGACACUCUUGCAGAGUUCAGAGAAGAGUUUGCCAGUUAUUUUUCUGCUAAUAGACAUGAAGCCCGUUACACUAACUGGCGCUAGAAGAAUUGUGUAGAAAUGUUUGCAAGAACAGUCUUUCUUCAAGGGCAAGGUGAGACUGGGUGGGCCGAGUCGCGCUGUGUCUCCGGAGCCAUGAGCGCAUCUCCACCAGGUUCAACCUGCCAUGUGGGGCUCCACCCUGCUUCUCCCCUUCUGACCCCCACCGGCCUUGGAGUACAAACCAUUUCCUUCUCCACCUUCAGGCCCGAACCUCGACCCCAGAACAUGUCUCCUUUGCGGGCUGCAGCUCAGCUUCUGUGUGGCUUUUAUGAUGGCUCGCAAGAGCGGGUGCUGAGCCCGGCGGCGAGGCGGUGUCGGAGGCGCUGUGCUGCGGGGCUUCGCCCACCACCUGUCCUCCUCCGCCCUUUUCCGUCCCAGCCCUCUGUUCUCCUCCUCAGCUCCCUCCCUGCCAUUUUCGGGAGCCCCGUCCUCCCCUUCCCUCGUCCUCCUCUUCCUUUGACCCUCCAAAGGGCAGCGGGGCUUCGCCCACCACCCGUCCUCCUCUGUUCUCCUCCUCAGCUCCCUCCCUGCCAUUUUCGGGAGUCCCGUCCUCCUCUUCCCUCGUUCUCUGUUUCAGUUGUUGCCUUCGUUCCGGCUGUUACCGGGCAGCAUAUUGGAAUUCUCGCAGAAUCUCAUGAGAGUUCCAGCACACCACGCAUGCGCAGAACACCCGCAAGAGACACGGACGCAGCUGACUUCCCGAGUUAUCUGGCUGGUCACUUGUGGUGGGACACAGAGCAUCCGCCUGCCCUGAUCAUGGCAAGCAGCCAUGCUUUUCGAUGGGGUUAAAGGCUUCUACAAGUUUUGAAACCCAUUUUUUCUGCAACUAAGGUUUUUUAUUUGUUCUGCUCUGCAUUGGCGUCUGUAAGUAAUUUUGUGCUUUUGUAGAUUUGAUUUUAAUGUCUCUGCUGUUUAAACCGCUUUGGGAAUGUGUUGCUGAAAAGUCAGAUAUAAAUAAGAAAUGAUUAUA